GAUGGAGAAAAGUUCAACCUUAUUAUUUCUUACCUUAACCCUGGCAGCUGUGCAAAUCUGCGCGUCGGCUAGUCGGCGUUCUAAUUGCAUUUAUGGGGUUACUGUGAAAGAUCUUCUCUACCUGGCCAGAAUCAGCCGAUCAAACGUGGGCUAUUAUGCCGCAAAGUUGAAGGAAAACAAGAUCGACCAAACUGCGCUCGGCGUUCUUUCGACACGACAGCUUCAAUUCGCAGGAAUUACAGCGUUCAGAGAUCGUCAAAAGAUCUUGAGUUUGUUCUCGAGAGACCCGGACGACUGCAGCAGUUCAAGAUGUCAGAACAAAGGCACGUGUCGAGAUGGAUAUCGUUGUUUUUCGUGCGCUUGCGACCCUAAGAGUGGAUAUUAUGGCCCGAGUUGUGAGCUUAAGUGCCCCUGUCUCAACAGUGGUGUUUGCAAGACAACUCAGUCCGGCGGUUACGAGUGCGUCUGCCCACCAGGCUACUCCGGUGAUAAAUGUCAUAAUAAGUAUCUAACGGAAGAAAGACUCUUAGAAAUUGAGAAAACUUUGCAACAGGUCACAACAAGGCUGGAAGAGAGCGAACAGCAAGUCAAGAGUCAGGAUGCUCUGAUAAAAAAUCUGCAAUCGCGACCUACAGGAACUUGGCAAUUUCAUCGCGUAAAUGAGAUUCUAAACCAAUUGGAACAGAUUCAAAUAAGUAGACAGGCACCCACGUACUCACAAAGGGUGCCAAUCGCCCUUCCCAAGGACACCAAGGCCAUUCUUAUUUCGAUAUUUUGCCAUUUCUACAACCACCAGGGUCAUGCAUAUUUGAAUUAUCUCGCUUACCAGAGAGACAACGACAACGCAGGUGGCAAAGCAGAAGGUUACAACACUCAUUACGAUGUCCACGCCAACACAUUCUAUUACGAGCAAAUGAUACCUUGGAACACCGCUCUUCCCAAUGAGUUGGUCUUCAGGGUGACGUAUUCGUACCUCACUGGUGGCAGACGUAACUGGUAUCGCGUGCGUUUGGUUGGUUACAUAACUUCGCCGUGAAAUGAAACAAAUAUUUGACGACUAAAUUGCAAGUUUAUGGAGUUGAUGAUUUAGGAUUAAUUAAAGCUCACUAGAGACUUUAUAGAACAAUUUUAAGAACUUGAAUGUUUUAAAUCUUCAGUAUAAACGAUAUCUAGGAUGGACUUUUCAGUCAAGAGAUUACAUAACAUGUACCUAAUGAAAAAUUUGAAUGUUUGAAAUGAUUUGUGAAUAAAUGACAGAGUCAUAAA